UUGAUUGAUUGAUUGAUUAAUUGAUUAAUUAAUUAAGGUGUCCAGUAAUGACAAGCCAUGCCAAAUGGGACGUGGAUGGUAACUGAAAGCCUGGGCCUGUCCAGUGUGGCAGCGGUCCCUAGUCUCUUCUGUCGGUUGAUAUUUUUAUAUCUAGUGUAUAUAUUUUUCUGUGUAGUGCCAGUGUUAUGCUUUUCCCCAUCACUUUGUGUGCCAACAGUCUUGACUCAGCAUUGCUGUAGCUCUUUCUCAUUCCUCUCAGAUGAAUUUUGUAUUAACACAGCUCCUUUGGAUUGAUUUAAAUUAAAAAAAGAGCAAAUGUACUCUUGUAAUCCACUGUAUUUGAAUGAUAAAACAGUUCAGUAAAUAAAUCUACUGUGUACAGUAUAUUUAUUCCCGAUUAGGUCAAAAUCCUCACAAGAAAUUAGAUUUUUGUAUUGUAUAUACUUAAAACAGACUUAAAAAAGUCUGAAAGACCUACGUCUGAUAGUAUUGCAAACACUGCAUAAAUAUCUAAUUUUGACUUGUUGAAUUAAGAAUUCAAUAUAUAUGGAUAUAUUAACUUAAAUGUUGAUUAAGGGAGAUGUGUUAGCCUGCAAGCUAAUAAGGUACAAAGAAAGGUUAAUUAUGCCCCCCAAAAUACAAAAAAAUAAAUUAAAAAAACAAUGUUUCAGCUUUUUGACAGUUCUGGAAAAGACUGAAGCAUUCUUCUCUUACUUCUUUUCAGUGUAGAAUUAACCUCUUUUUGUUCCUUACAAUGUACACAAAUGUAUAAAUUAAAAGAAUGCUACUAUCAACAUUUUAUCUUCAGUUUGUGCUCUGUUCUUCCUUUUACUGUAGUAUUCCAGAAUGUUUUUUCUCUAUUGUGACUGUUUGGUUUGUUGUCAUGGUAACUUCACUUCUAAUUCUUAACUUUUCAGAUUUCUGUAAAUUGUUUCAUGUGCCCAAAUAACCUGUCAGGAGAGGUGCGUUAUAAUAGUAAUUGUAUUCCAAUUUACAAGAAGAAGCUAAAUAAUGAGGAGUUUUCCAAAACAUAUAUAGAAAAAAAUGCAACCAGGAAUAAAAGUGAUCUGUGAAAAUAAAAUAAGCAGAAAAAGAAGAAUACGCUGAAGGGCAUUGUUUGUACUGCUAUUUUAUUUCAUUGCUGAAGAGUAGGAGACAAUAGCAUUUGCUCUGUUGUUGUGCAUAGUUGUGAUACACAGCCCAUGCUCCGGUAUGAUGGAUAUGUAUGAGAAUCUUGGGAUUGUGGGAGAGGGAAGCUACGGAUUGGUCAUGAAGUGCAAGCAUAAGGAAACAGGCCACAUUGUCGCCAUCAAGAAAUUCACCGACACAGAAGAAGACACGACUAUGAAGAAGAUAAUCACAAGAGAAAUCAAAUUCUUAAGGCUUUUUCGGCAUGACAACCUGGUGAACAUGCUGGAGGUGUUCCGAUACAAGCGCCGCUUGUUUUUGGUCUUUGAAUUCAUCGACCACACCGUUCUGGAGGAGCUGGACCGCUUCCCCUGUGGGCUUGACAGCAGACGACUCAGGAAAUACAUCUUCCAGGUUUUGCGAGGGGUGGAAUACCUUCACUCGUGCAAUAUAAUCCACCGGGAUAUCAAACCAGAGAAUGUCUUGGUGUCUAACUCGGGGAUUGUGAAAUUGUGUGACUUUGGCUUUGCCCGAGCGCUUGCACCAACAGGCGAGCCUUAUACAGACUAUGUGGCCACUCGAUGGUACAGAGCGCCUGAGCUUCUUGUUGGAGACAAAACCUACAGCAAGUACGGACCUGUAGAUAUCUGGGCCAUUGGCUGCUUGAUAAUGGAAAUGGCCACUAGUCAUGCCUUCUUAAAAGGGACCUCUGACCUGGAUCAGGUGCACAGGAUUGUGACUAAAGUAGGGCCUUUGACCCCCCAACAGCUGGAUCUUUAUUGUCAAAACCCGGUUUUUGCUGCAGCAACUCUUCCUCAAGUCCAGCUCCCCAGAGAGCCAAGGAAGAAAUAUCACAAGGUCACCCCACUCCUUGCAGAAAUGGUGGAUUCUUGUUUCCAGAUUGAUCCUCCUGAUAGGGCAUCAUGCUCUGAGUUGCUGUCCCAUCACUACUUCACUAAGGACCGAUUUCCUGAGAGGUUCGUUCCAGAGUUGAAGGCCCUGAUUGAAAAGGAGAGCAGGAGCUGUGGUAGACGGAGGAGUCAGUUCUGCGCUGGGGGGAAGGAGCAUCCAGACGACCCGCUGCCUUCUAGCAUGAAGUCAAGCAACAAGAAACAAAUCAAGGACAACGACAAGGUCAGGAAGUGUGAACCUAAACCGUCCAGAUCCAGAGUGGGCAACACAGAGGGGAGGAGGACAGAGAGAGUGGAGCCCCUCCAGGAGGAGAACCCCAUCACUCACAAAGCAGACUCCAAACCUGACCCCGGCCAGGGAAAGGCCCAGUCUCCCAUCACACUCGUCAUGCCCCCCAUCAACUCCUGCAAUAACCUGGUCAUUGCAGCCGCCUCCAGGCUGGAGGCCAACAUGUCCUGGGCCCAACAUGACAAUGUCAAGAGAAGACAAAGCCCCCAGCACAAUCCUGGACUAGCUGCUGCCUCUGGACAGGAGGAGGAGACCCCUGACAUGACACAGAUGCAGUAUACUUGCGCCAAACAUAUUGAGGCUGCAAGCGUAAUCAGAAGAGUGAAACCAAUGAAAGAUGUUCGCUUUCCAGAAUUACCAACAAUGACCCAGAAGGUGGCGCUAACGUUAACAGAAGCUAAGCAAGUGAAAUACCCGAGAAAGGAGCAGAGAAAGGGAGAGGACUCAAGAAUUCCAUCAUUAGUCCCAUUUGACUCCGAUCAAGGAAAACAACAGGUUUCUACUGAUACACAGAGUAGUCGUCACAAGGACAGCAGUACCCCCGAAUGAGCCACUUCCUUCCCGAAUAUGCAAUGCAAACAACUCCUUGUAUCUUGUUUUACAGGGAUUUUUUCCAUAAAAAACAAUUCAUAAAGUGAUAGUGCCAAUGCAGAAUAAAGUAUGAAUUUACAUGAAUACAAUAUUUGCUGCGUAGUUCUAACAUAG